GACAGAGUUAGGGGUGGGACUUGGGACCCGCGGCUCGGCUUCCUCCGCCCCCGCCCGUUGCUUGCUCUUUCCGCAGCACAGCUGUGGUGGGACUGGUGGAGGCAGUGGCGGGAGUAAGGCUGAGGGCGGAACCUGGUUUCGGAGCAGCGGGGGACGGUGAGACACCGGCGUGGAGGGCUGGAGGUGGCAGGGCCCGGCGAGGCCGAGAUGAAGCCUAGCCGCGAGGACGAGGCGGUGCCCGCUGGGGGCCCCUGGGAAGAGUGCUUCGAAUUGGCAGUGCAGCUGGCGCUGCGGGCGGGACAGGAGCCGGAGAUCAUCAGAAAAGCCCUUUCUGAGGAAAAACAUGUCUCAACAAAAACAUCAGCUGCAGAUCUUGUGACAGAAACAGAUCAUCUUGUGGAAGAUUUAAUUAUUUCUGAGCUGCAGAAGAAGUUUCCUUCACACAGGUUCAUUGCAGAAGAGGCUGCAGCUGCAGGGGCCAAGUGUGUGCUCACCCCUAGCCCCACCUGGAUUGUUGACCCCAUUGAUGGCACCUGCAACUUCGUGCACAGAUUUCCAACCGUGGCAGUAAGCAUUGGAUUUGCUGUAAACCAAGAGCUUGAAUUUGGAGUGAUUUACCACUGCACAGAGGAGCGGCUGUACACAGGUCGGAGAGGCCAGGGUGCCUUCUGCAAUGGCCAGCAGCUGCGGGUCUCCGGGGAGACAGAUCUUUCAAAGGCCUUGGUUCUAACAGAAAUCGGUCCCAAACGUGACCCUGCUACUCUGAAAUUGUUCCUGAGCAACAUGGAGAGGUUACUUCACGCCAAAGCUCAUGGGGUCCGAGUGAUCGGGAGCUCCACCUUGGCACUCUGCCACCUGGCCUCAGGGGCUGCAGAUGCCUAUUACCAGUUUGGCCUGCACUGCUGGGACCUGGCUGCUGCUACUGUCAUCAUCAGAGAAGCAGGCGGCAUCGUGAUGGACACCUCAGGUGGACCUUUCGACCUCAUGUCCUGCAGAGUGGUUGCUGCAGGCACCCGAGAAAUGGCUACGCUCAUAGCUCAGGCCUUACAAACAAUUAACUAUGGGCGGGAUGAUGACAAGUGAAAGGGAGCAGAGGACGGAGAAGUGUGACCUAAGGACUGGUUCUUCCUGGCAGUGCUGAAGCUGGCAGCCCAUCCCUGGGGAGGAAGCUGCCUUGAGCAGCCUGCACUUGAGUCAAGUUCCUUCAUUUUUAACCACCCCGAAGGGAGGUGUUCUUCUACAGUGUCUGGCUCUCUGUUUAAACCCACAUCUUUCACCAGGAUUUGGUGUAUAGCUGGUUUCUUUCUUUAAUCUUCUCUAACCCUUUUCAGGUUAGUACAGUUUCUUCUAUUAGGGCCAAAACCCAAUAUGAUGUACAUAUUGAUAAUUAAGUCUUGAUUUUUUUUCCCCAGAAUGCAAAUCUCAGGUAAUAAGACUUUAGAACUGCUGAAAAAGCAGAUUUGUUCUCAGGCCCUCCCCCAUGGUAUUUCAGAAUGCAAUAAAUCAAAAUAAUAGCACUCUG